GAAGCCAUUGCUGCGAGGAGAGCGCUACGUCUGGACGCAAGAAAGGCGAGAGGUGGAGGGAGAGGCGAUUGGAAGUAGAAGAAGAAGAAAAAGCAGAGGAUGUAACAAUGUAGAGAGUGUGGAAAGAAACUGAGGAGGAGGCAAAGGUGAACGCAUACUUACAAGACUACAUAAAAACAGGAGGAUUUGCAAUUGAAUGGGAGGAAGUGUGAUAGAUAAUGAAGUUCAAGAGGUCUUUUACACAUUCUGGCUUCUUGCUGCAGAUUAUUGGCAAAGAUGAAGCAAACAGUGUGACUACUCAGAGCAGAGGAAAAAGAGCAGAGUGAAAACAGUGUGUGCUGUUUUGUGGUUCACAAACGGUGCCAUGAGUUCGUCACCUUCUCCUGUCCUGGAGCAGACAAGGGCCCUGACACAGACGACCCCAGAAGCAAGCACAAGUUCAAGAUUCACACAUACGGCAGUCCCACCUUCUGUGACCACUGCGGUUCGCUGCUGUACGGGCUCAUACACCAAGGGAUGAAAUGUGACACCUGUGACAUGAACGUGCACAAUCAGUGUGUGGUCAACGUGCCGAGCCUGUGUGGGACGGACCACACGGAGCGUCGGGGUCGCCUCUUCCUCAAGAUCGAGGUCAGCUUGGACAGGCUACACGUCACAGUGGGUGAAGCCAGGAACCUGAUUCCUAUGGAUCCAAAUGGUUUAUCAGACCCCUAUGUUAAACUCAAGCUCAUCCCCGACCCAAAGAACGAGACCAAACAGAAGACCAGGACCAUCCGUUCUUCGCUCAACCCCUGCUGGAACGAGUCCUUCAGCUUUAAGCUGAAAGCAUCAGAUAAGGACCGCCGUCUGUCCAUUGAGGUGUGGGAUUGGGACCGAACCACCCGGAACGACUUCAUGGGCUCCAUGUCGUUUGGCGUGUCCGAGCUCAUCAAAGCUCCCAACUGUGGAUGGUACAAGUUGCUGAACCAGGAGGAGGGAGAGUAUUACAACGUUCCCAUCCCCGAGAUCGACGACGUCAACCUGGAGCUCCGGCAGAAGUUUGAGGCCUGCCAGUUAAAUAUCCACUAUCUCAAGAAAGCCAAGCUGGGCCACGGUAAGAAAGUGAUCACGCCGUCAGACCACCGGAGGUUCAGCCUGCCUUCAAGUAACAUGGACCGGAUGCGACUGGGUGACUAUAACUUCCUGGCCCUGCUUGGGAAGGGCAGCUUUGGCAAGGUGAUGCUGGCGGAGAUGAAGUCGACGGAGGAGCUGUACGCCAUCAAGAUCCUGAAGAAAGACGUCGUGAUCCAGGAUGAUGACGUUGAAUGUACGAUGGUGGAGAAGAGGGUGUUGGCCCAGAGAGACAAGCCGCCCUUCCUCACGCAGCUCCACUCCUGCUUCCAGACUGUGGAUCGACUGUACUUUGUGAUGGAGUACAUCAACGGGGGAGACCUUAUGUAUCAUAUCCAACGUAUGGGCAAAUUCAAGGAGCCACAGGCAGUGUUUUAUGCUGCAGAGAUUGCUGUGGGUUUGUUUUUCUUGCACCGAAAGGGAAUCAUCUACAGGGAUCUGAAGCUCGACAACGUGAUGCUGGACUCCGAGGGCCACAUCAAAAUUGCUGACUUUGGCAUGUGUAAGGAGAACAUGUAUGAAAGCAUGACCACACGCACCUUCUGCGGCACCCCGGACUACAUCGCACCAGAGAUUAUAGCAUACCAGCCUUAUGCAAAAUCAGUGGACUGGUGGGCUUAUGGAGUUCUUCUGUAUGAGAUGCUGGCAGGACAGCCUCCGUUUGAUGGAGAGGAUGAAGACGAGCUCUUCCAGUCCAUCAUGGAGCACAACGUGUCCUACCCCAAGUCCAUGUCUAAAGAAGCCGUGUCCAUCUGCAAGGGACUGAUGACCAAGCACCCUUCAAAGCGUCUCGGCUGUGGAUCAGAGGGGGAGAGGGACAUCAAGGAGCAGGCCUUCUUCAGACGCAUCGACUGGGAUCGCCUGGCCAACAGAGAGAUCCAGCCGCCAUUUAAACCCAAAGUGUGCGGCAAAGGAGCAGAAAACUUCGACAAGUUCUUCACACGUACACAGCCCGUGCUGACCCCUCCCGACCAGCUGGUCAUCGCCAACAUUGACCAGAGCGAGUUUGCGGGCUUCUCCUACAUGAACCCUAAGUUCAUCCAUCCAUCCCUGCACAGCGUGGUAUGAGGAGAGAGCAGAAGAAAAAAACACAAAAGCAUGAACUGUCGCUGACUACAGGAUCCUUCCAAACUCCAACAAACAAUCCCGCCGUCAAGACUCACAUCAUCCUCUAAAGUGUUCUGUCUGGUAGUUAGUAUAUCUGUGUACAGAAGUGACUUAGGAGCGGGGAACAAAGUGUUUAAGAGAAAGUACAUAGCACUGAUAUUUUUGCAUAAUUUCCCCAAACAUCUCAUUUAAUAUAUUCUUUAUUCUGAAUCUGUAUCUGUGUUUAUCCAAACCUGCCGCCUUUUUUUCUUGUGUAUGAAUGUGUCUAUCAGUUACUUUGUGAUGCAAAGUGAUGUUUCCUUUCUCAUGUUCCCCAUCUUACUACGCAACUAGCUGCAAUGCACGACAAGAACGGAACAUGUUUUUCUGCUCUGUCCCGGCUUUAUCUACUUCUGAACCGCUACACGUGUAUUUUAUAUUUAUAUACAAAAAGAAAAAGAGGUAGUAGCCUAUACUGUUACAUGAGUGCCAAAGGAGAAGUGGGAAAGAAAUCCUUUAUAUUGCAGUUAUUAAAGUCCUUGUGAUGUUUUUUUCCCCUCUGGCCUUCCCGACACACUAAAACCCCUGAUCAGGGGAUGUUUCUAUGUGUUGUUUUGUACGACGUGGAGCUAUAUCUAACUCAAAGUAGAUAAACAGGAACACACUCUGCUUAUGCUUACAGUUGCAAGCUGUCUAGGCCUUUUCAAUGCAGUGGAGUUCAGUAGGGUCAGAAAACUGUGGAUCAAAGAGACAAUGUUUUAAAGUAUAAAGAUGUUAUUUCCAUAUGCACAAAGCAGAUCUCUGUUUGCAUGCUUAUUUUUCUGACUCUGUAUGAGCAGUAGACGCUAGGAUGCAGUAGGCUACACGUCUGGUAUCAUUGUAAAGUUUAGUAUUACAAUAUAAACUAUGUUAAUAUAUAAUUGUUGUAUGUUUUGAAGAGUCUUAUUCUGAAGGAAAUGUUUUGAAUCGUUUAAAGGAAAAAAGGUUUCUGUUCCUGUUUUAUGUUCCGCCUAACUCAACUUUUACGUCCAGAGAGAACCCUCUAUCUAUUGUAUGUCAACCUUUCUUUUUUUCUUUUUUUGUAAAUAUGUUUUAAAGAGAUGUUUCAAAAAGAGAAGUUACUUACAGAUUUUAUACUACGAACUGAAUGUGCUUUUACUACCGUAGUCAGUUUGAACAUUUCUAUGUUUAGAGUACCCCUAAGAAGAGUAUUUAACGUUUGGCUGAAUCUUUGGUAGCUUUGGUAUCAGCAAACCUUGUUAUAUGUAUUUCCACUAUUUAUCCAUUGUUUUCUACUACUCAGUGUCAUGGCGAAUAUGCAGCACCUACUGUGCGUCAAACAGUUGAAUGCCCUCUUGCCUUGGUCGUCUCAGAGCCGACUCCUUCUGUAACAAAUUCCAAACAAAGUAACGCUACGAGGAUUUCGGAGCCCUCUGUGGCUGAAACAUGUCUUUAUUUUUCUUGUGUAUAUUGUGUGCAUGCGUGAGGUGAGGCCUGAUUUAAGCAUGAGAAAGACCCCUGCAUGAUACAGAGAUCAUGAAGCAUGGAGUUCCCCCACCUUGUUGCACAGAAUGAGACAAACCAACGAGCAUCGUGCGCUUUUCUGCUCAGCGUCUCCUCCCACCCGUCGUCAUGUAGUCCGACAUGCUCUGCAAGAAAAGCUGAAUCAUAAACAAGACUAAUAUGUGUAAAAUGCUUCUGUUGGCUUUUUGUUUCCAGUCAGUUGUGUCCAUUUUAUUGGUUGAGGCUACUACUAGAGGCACACAAUGCUACAACAGUGAUGUUUCAUCAAACUGCCAAAUUCACUCGUAACCCCUGAAUUUGUUACUUAACAUGUAGACUAAUGUUGCAGCUGUCAAGUCUGGACCAAAAUUAGAUUUUUAAGGUUAAGAGAAAACUGAAUGUUUACAUGUCUCACAUUGAGAAUCUUUAUUGGAGAGGAAGAGGAAAGAAAACAAAACUUUGGACCCAUGACAGAGAUAAUAACAUGUCAGGCCAGUCAGGGUAUGUACCACUACAGUUAGAGCCACAGGGAUGUUUGUAUGUGUUUAUUUUCACUGCCCCUGCUUUUGUUAACCUGAUUCUUCUUGUUCCUCUGUUUAAUUGUGGUAUGAUGGAUACUGUGUAUAAAUAAAGUAUGACAAAUAUUA